AGAUGUGACUUUAUUACUGCUAUAUGCUGGAUAACGUUGUGUAUUUUGGUACUCGGGUGUUUGAGGGCUAAAAUACUUUAAAAGCCAUUAGUUACGUUCGUUAUGUUGUUUGAGUUUCCGACUACUAAAAUUAACAAUUGAAAGAACAAUUUAUAUUCUAAAUAUCUACUAGAUCUAGAUCUAUUUAUAAUUUCAACUAAAGACCGCCGAAUUGUAUCGAUUUGCGAUGGAAAAUUGGUUGGCAAAAUGGACGACUUUCAUACUGCUAGAACUGUUUAUAUUAGCUUGCCACGUACAGCAUUUGGACUGUGAAAAAAUAUUAGGAGAAGAGAAUGCCGAAUUUGAUUUUGAUGGCCUUCCAGGGGCCCAACAUGAGUUUAAAGUGUAUAUUCCAGGAAACACUGAAGAUUGUUUUUUUCAGCCUGUUGCACAGGGAGCAAAGUUUCACGUCAACUAUGAGGUUUUAAAAGGUGGUGAUAAUAAAGUGGACUUUUACAUCCGUGACCACGAGUGGAGGGUCAUUGAAGUCCAAAAUUUUCAGACUAGUGGAUCUAUUAGCCUAGAUAAUGUUGUUGCUGGCACAUAUGCUGUUUGUGUGGAUAAUGCUUUCAGUAGGUUUGGAAGCAAGCUGGUUUACAUCUACAUUGUCACCUUUGUUAUGCAUGAAUGGGUAGCUUUCCAACAGGAACUUGGGGAAGUACAACUUCUGGCAGCCAACUUUUCAAACUCUCUAACAAGCGUACAAGAAUCUGUUUCAUCAAUGCUAAAUUCACAAGCUAAAGCCAGGUUUAAUGUCAUUAAAGAUUGGUAUCAAUUGACAGGAAAUGAACGCUAUGUCAUGAACUGGUCUAUAGCUCAGUGUGUUCUUAUUGUUGCAGCUUCUGUCACACAGGUUUAUUCUGUUCGACGCUUGUUUAAAACCUCAAAUGUUACCCCAACGACUGCCAAGCCAAGGGCAUAAACUCAAAUCCACCAGGAAAGUGAAAUCUUUACAAGUUGAAAAAGAAAUUUCUUGUUGAAUACGCCACUGUUAAUUAGCAAAACAUUUUAAUUACUUUUGUGUUUAGAUGUUUUGAAUAUAUAAAAACCACCUGUAAUCUCUGAUUUAGCUACUAAUUCUAAUUUUAAAAUUACCAUAUUGAUUGACUUUAAAAAGGUUCAGUAUGUAUUUCCGGCCUUGCAAAUGAUCAAACUAAAAUUUAUUUACAUUAUUAUGUUUAAAAAAAAAAGUUUUAAAAUGACCAGAAAUCAAAAUAUGUUGUAUUAGAAGUAAAAGACUCAAGUUAUGGAAGCUGAAGUCAAAUGUAAAUCUCUAUUUUAGUCUAUGGACAUAUUUCUUUUAUAUUUGGUGAAGGGGUACCUUUUCAAAAAAUCAGAAGCUACAUUUCAAAUCAAAUUGUAAAUAAAAUGCUUCACGUCUCUGGUGUUAAAUUAAAUUUUAAAUAAACCAUGACAUUUUCCCCCCAUUAUUUUGAACUAUGAUUUUAUGAUCUCGAUAGAGACAGCGGUUUAAAAUUUAAAAGCAAUAACUGAAAAAUAAAUGUUUUAGAGUUUUGGAUGUUAACCUGUUUUUAAUUAAAUAACUUGUUCAUAGUUAAUUAUGGCCAGUAGUAUGAAAAAUCUAAAUACUUUGUUCGUUUGCCUUUGUAAAUUUUUUUUCUACUUUAGCUUUAUGCAAAUCGAAAUAUGAUUGCAUUUGGUUUUCUGGUUGUUAAAAUAUUUAAAGUAAUGCAAUCAAUUCCAUGAAAAUAAUGCAAAUAAUUAAAAAAUUUAUUUUGUUUCUAAAAAGCAAAUGGAGUAUAUUCUCAUGUAUCUCAUAUUUUAACACUAUUUCAUCUUGAAUACACAGCUUAUUAUUCUGUUUUGAAAUUUUUCAAUCUUUCCAAACUUUAUUUUUUACUUAAUAUUAACUACAUUUUUAAAGGCCUGUUUAGAAAUAUUAUUUGGUCUUAAGUUUACUUAUUGUUUUGCACGGAAAAACCUAAAUUUCCUUUCUGCUUACUUCAUUUAAAAAAAGGUGAUAGUAGGUUUUUUUUAAAACUAUUAUUUUAAGUUAAAAUCAUAAAUAUUUUAAAAAUAUUUCUUUCAUGCAUUUAUUUUUACUUUUAAAAUUUAUUUUAAUCUAUUCAUUUUACUUACAAAAUAUUUUAAAUGAUAUUUACAUAACUUAUUACAAUUCCUAACUUACAUUCCUAAGUUUAUGAGCAUAUCUAAACUUCUGCAUUGUUAAAUCCCAUUUUUGUUCUGAGUCUUCUAGUCAGGCGAUAUCACAAUUUUUUUUUUUGUGUUCACAUUUUUGGGUCUUCUUCAAUUGGCUUUUAUUUGAAUAUAUUUUAAAAAUUGACAUUCGCUGACAGAUAAAAUAAAGAAAUACUUAUUUUCCACCAAAACUUUUUUACUUAUUUGCAAGAGUGAGAAUAAGUUAACUAAGUGGCUUAAUAGAUGGGUUAUCAAAUUAUAACUGCUCAAAUAACAAGAGAUGGCCAUUGACAAAUAAAGAACCACAAUUUAGAACAUUUUAUGUAAAGUUUAUUUUUGUGUUUCGAAAAAAAUAAUUUAAAAACAUUUUUAAAAACAAGUUUCACAUGUUUAUUUAAAAGCCAUAAGUCCAGAAGUUGUUUUAUGACAAUAUAUAUGAUCUGAUCGACACAGAAACUACUUAUUGUAUUUAACUCUUCAAAGAUUGGUAGGAACAAAUAGACAAGUUUGAUAUAAGCUAUAAUUCAAAUAAUUUGUUUUAAAAUUAGCUUAAUUAUUGUAGUAUUAAUCUAAUUCAAUGCUAUGUUUCUUACAUUAGCUAAUAACAAUUAAGGAGAAAAAAAAUGCUAGUCCUAACACUUUUUAAUGUCAUUAUUUACUCUGCCCUAUUACCUGUUAAGAAAUGAUAAAAUUGUUUUCUGUAUUCAAAUUCAAUAUUAGAAUUUAAAAUAUUUUAGAUUAAUUGUGACCCUGAUGGCACUACACCAUGAUGACACUAGACCCUAUUGACAAUGCACCAAAAUGUCACCUUGUUUAAUUAAGCUAGGAUAACAAUUAUAGGAUAUUUCUCUUUUCUUAUUUAUACAAGCAUAUAUUUUAGAAGAUAAACAAACUCAAACUAUUUACACAACCUUUUAAAUGUUUUGAAUAAAUAUGCCAGAUUAUAAAUUUGUAAUUUCUGUGAAUGGAGUAUAUAAUAGAACUCAUUAGAAGACUAUGAUAAGAUAACUAACAAUUGUUACCCUUGACAUCAGUGUAAAUAAUUGACAACUGCUUAAAAAACUCAAAAUGGGCCAAGUGACUCAAACCAUCAUGGAGGGGUCAAAUUUUUUGUGGGCCUGUUUUUUUUUAUAAAUUUUUUAUAUUUUUGA